AAGCUUCCUGUCCACCAGAAUGAAGGCCAAAAUCAUGCCCUUGUUCUUCCUCCUCUAGAAAUUGAUAUCAUUUGUAGGGUUUUGGUGAGUGUUUGUUCUGUGUUUUUCAAUGUCCAAAACCUCAGGGUGCUCCGAUGAUGGUGGGAGCUUGAGCUUAGAGAAUCAACUCAGCCAUGGAAGCUCUCAACCCCAUCAACAGCCACAGCUUUCAGUUCCCAAGAAGAAAAGGAACUUACCAGGAACACCAGACCCAGAUGCGGAAGUGGUAGCGUUAUCGCCCGGAACGUUAAUGGCAACGAAUCGGUUUGUGUGUGAAAUAUGCAACAAGGGAUUUCAAAGAGACCAGAACUUGCAGCUACACAGGCGAGGCCACAACCUGCCAUGGAAGCUGAAGCAACGGACGAGCGGGAGCGACACGAGGAGGAGGCGGGUGUACGUAUGUCCAGAAACGUCGUGUGUCCACCACAAUCCAGCGAGAGCGCUCGGAGACCUCACCGGAAUCAAGAAGCACUUCAGCAGAAAACAUGGGGAGAAGAAUUGGAAGUGCGAGAAAUGCUCUAAAAAAUAUGCAGUUCAUUCGGACUUGAAAGCUCAUCUCAAAACUUGUGGCUCCAAGGAAUACAAAUGUGACUGUGGCACUGUCUUUUCCAGGAGAGAUAGCUUCAUAACCCACAGAGAAUAUUGCGAUGCCUUAACAGAAGAAAGCAACAAACUAGCUGGUCGAGGAGCAACAAUGGCUGCCUCGCCGCCCAUAACGCUGCCCCACCACGACCUCAUGCCUAUCCCUCCAAAGCCCUUUAACCUUUCAGCCGGAUCCAUGUUUUCAUCCUCCAUUUCCAACGACCACCACUUUCCCUCUUCCUCCUCCGCCGCCCUCAUGUCCGCCACUGCCUUGCUGCAGAAGGCGGCGCAGAUGGGAGCUGCCGUCAGUUCGCCCAUUAUCCAACAAAAGAACGGUUUGGUUACAACAAUGGCUCCUUCUUCAUUUGGUGGGAUGUUGCCCACCACCUGUUUGCAGAAAUGCCCACAAGAAAACAUUGGCGGAGGUGUGGACAUGGGGAUGAUUGAUGACAUUCUGAUGCUCAAUGGGAUGUUCGACAAACCGAUCGGGGAGGGCGCGAGGAAGACGAUGACGUUGGAUUUGUUGGGGGCUGAGGGAGGGAAGGGGAGGAAGUUUCAGGCGGAAGAAAGUGUAGGGUUUGGAGGGGUUAUGGAGAAUGUGGGUUACUUUUGCCACCAAGGGGCCAUGGGAAAGCAAGGCCAUAUGUGACUUAGAUAGUUUAUGUGGUUCUUGGUAGAAAAAUUUAAGAAACAAAUUGAUCACAAUUAUGAAUAUAGAUUUAUAUGCUGAUAACAA